AUGGCUGGCGAAAGCGGUGCGCUGCCCUGGCAGUGCGGCAUCUGCACGUUGCUGAAUCCUCCCGGAGCCGCGAGGUGCAACGCCUGCGACAACCCGCGCGAGACCACUGCGGCACCGGCACCAGUACUUCGUCUCGACGCCACCCCUCAGCCGGCGCCAGCUGUGAAGGCUCCGGCCUCGGUGCCCGCCCCGGUCAUGAAGCCGUCGGCUGCAUCAGCAGGCCUUUCCGUCUCCGAAAGGAAAGCCCGAGAGGAGGAGAUGGCUGCGAAGCGCCAGAAGAAGGAAGAGGAGAAACAGCGAAUACUGGCGCAAGCUGAAGCAGACCGCCGUGCGAGGAUGGAGGCCCCCACGCCAGCGCCCGAAGCCCCCGCCCCCUCACAGCCGCGCCCAGCGCCGGCCACGCGUAAAGUGAGGCUGCAGAUGCUUUGCCCUCAGUGGGGCCGAAACAUCGUCUUCACGUGCUUCGAGUCCAACAACACCCUGGGCGACCUUCGGCGUGCCCUUCGCGAAGACCUCGUCCGAGGUGUGGCGGGCACAGGGGAUGGUCGAUUGCAGGAUCCGGAGGCUGCUGAGGCGCAGGUGCCAGAGGAAGCGGCGAUAGUGCUUGCCGAACAGGUGCCGCCAAGACGCAAGUUCGUCAGCAGUGAGGACAUGCAGAUGACACUGGCCGACGCCAGCCUUUGCCCAUCGGGCACACUGCUGGUCGAUGCCGCGCCCAUCAAGAUCGCAGUGCCUCCCCCACUUGUCCCCGAGCCGGUCGAGCCGGCGGAGGAUGAUCCGCAGCCAGCCCAGGUGGACGACGACCAACAGGUCUCAGGUGGUGAACCUUCAGAACCCGGUUCUGACGACGAUGACGGUCACGACGAUUCUGGGGAUGAUGAUGAUGAUGAUGGCCAGUACCCUCCAGGAGCCCCCUUCUUCGGCAAGGGCUUCGGUAAAGGCCGAGGCAGAGGCACUGGCAGUGGCACUUUCGGCGCAGGGUUUGGCAGGGGUAACAUGGGCGGCGGCUUUGGGGCACAGUGGCGUUUCGGUCCUACUGGCCCCGGGCCUCUGAUGCCAGACGACGAGGGCGGCCAGGUUCUGGGCAGCACCGGCACCGCCACCACCUUCCCAGCCGGCCCGGGCCAAACAACAGGCACUGCGAGCCCUGAGGAGCAGCGCGCCGCCCGCGAGGCUCGCCUUGCAGCGCUGGAAAGACGUGCAGGCCCAGCAACACAGGGAGCUCCAGAGACGAAGCCGGCCGAACCUUCCGCAUCAGGAGCCUCCAUGCCGGCGCAUGAGUCCGGAAGAAUCAAGGGCCAGCUGGGCACAGGGGCGUCGAAAGCCGCCCGAGCCAAGGAGCGUGAGGCCAUCCUACAGCAGAUGGAAGAAGAUCGCCAGCGCUUCGAGGAGCGCUACGUGGCGCCAAGCGCAGUGGCAGCUCAAAGCGAAACCAAAGCCGAGGCAUCUGGAGCAUGCCGACAGGUGCGGCUACAAAUUCGCUGCGCCUCUUCUGGUCGCGUCGUGACUGGCACCAGUUUCGGGCCCGAUGAUACCCUUCUGUCGGUGCGUGACUUCGCUGCAAAGGAGCUCUGUCUCCUUCUGGGCGAGGGCACCGAUGGCCCUGAGAUGUCGCUGGCUUUCCCACCGCGCACCUCCUUCACCUCGGAGGAGCAGCUGAGCUCCUCACUCGCGCAGCUCGGGCUAACGCCCAGUGCCACCCUCCUGAUCAAGGGCAUCUCUGCGAUGCCAGCAGCGCCUGCGGAGGACGCAGAAGGAGGCGCAGCAGCUCCUGAAGUCCCAUCAGCACCCACUUCAGCGUCGUGUCCACGGGGCCAUGCCAUGGUGUUGGUGGCGACCUCAGAGGAUGCCUGGUGCGACAAAUGUUCAGAGGCACUGCCCCCUGGCGAGCAAGUGUACAACUGCUCGGAGUGCGACUACUUCGAAUGCAAGAGUUGCCGCGCCAGGGGUGCCUGA